GUGGCAAGUAAAAAAAUUUAAUCUAAUUUGGUAUAGAGCCGUCAAUUAAAAUCUCUGUAUAUUUCAGUUAUUUAGACAUGGGGACAGGACACCCGAAAAGGUCGAGAUUUACAAAACCGACCCCUACGAUCCAGACUUCUAUGAACAAUAUGGCUACGGGCAGCUGCAUAAAGCUGGCAUGGAACGGGAGCAUAAACUCGGCGAAAUGUUAAGAAAACGAUACAACGAUUUCCUCGGCGAUUACUAUGUCGACGACAUCUACGCCUACAGCACGGACUACGAUCGCACGAAGAUGUCUCUGCAGCUGGUAUUGAACGGCCUGUAUCCUCCGACUGCCAAAAUGCGUUGGAGUGCAAAUAUAGAGUGGUUCCCGAUACCUACCCACUACGAGCCUUUCGAAACCGAUUUCAUAUCGUUUGAUGUUAAUGGAAAAUGUUCACAAGAGUACAAGAAAUUAUUUACGGAAGCCGAAAAGUCACCUGAAGUAAUCAAGAAGUUUGAAGAGAACGGCGACUUUUUGGACUACGUCAGAGAUAAAACUCAAAUAAUUUCUGAACGACUUGUCCCAAUUUCAAUGAUAGCUUCGGAACUGCAAUGCGUUCGCAGUCUAGGGCUACCCUUGCCAGACUGGUGUUCCGAGAAAGAUUUCAAAAGACUUCAAGAGUUCCAAGCCUUGUAUUACGAUCUUACAGCAAAGACAGAAUUGAUGAAAAGAAUCGCAGCUGGACCUGUCAUCGAACGCUUUUUGGAUAACGUAAAAGAUUCUGAGAAGCUUGGAAACAAGAAGAAACUUUAUCUCUACGGCGCUCACGAUAUCAACGUGGGAGUUUUCACCAGAGCUCACAACUUCACGGGUAUUCCGAAAAACCCCGCUUAUGGGAGCGCUGUGAUUGUUGAAAAAUUAAGGGGCCCAGAUGAUCAAAUUUAUUUGAGAAUGCUUUAUUGGACUGGUGUAUCAGAGAAACUGAUUGCAUUAAAACUCGACAGCUGUGCACACGAAUGUCUCUUAUCAAACUAUAUAGAUAUUAUUAGUCCAGUUCUUCCUGAGAUUGGAUUUACAAAGUGUAAAACAUCAGCGUGCUGUAAAAUCAGCAGAACGUACACAAAGAAAAUCAAUCCUGACGUGAAAAUGCCCCAUUUAUUUGCGGGAGAAGAUCAGUUAUCGUUUAAAUAUGGACACGAAUUGUUGUUGUAGAAAAAUUUAUUUUAUUGUUCGCCUUUUGAUGUACGAGAUCAACUAAUAAGCCUCAAAGAUAACUUUAUGCCAAAAUUUAUAUGCUUAAAAUAAUGAUCAUAUAUACAAGUGAUAAUUGUGUUUUCAUUUAAUAAUACUCAUUGCAAUAUUCUGGGGACUUUACACUGAUUUCUUAUCAUGUAUAUUAAAGUAUAAUAAAUGCAAUAGAAGGCUAUUUCAAAAUCAUCCAUGCGAUACAGAGACGUUGCGCAUCAAGAGGCACAUUUAUUUCGUAUUUCUACUGAAAAAAAAUCUAGGAAAUAACGUAUUAUCACGUUUUUAAAAUAAAAGUAUUACUAGAUAGGAGAAAGAUAAUAUUGUCGAAGACGCAAUAGUGAAUAUAAAUCAUUGUCUUAUCAGACGCCACCAAGAUUUUGUCACAUAAUUAGUGAUUAAGUCCGUCUACUACGGAAGUACGAUUUCGUGUUGAAUCGCAAUAUUUUACAGUUUUUGACGAAAAUCAAGCCUAUUUUAUUAUUUUAAGAAAAUAUUUUAAUAGUAACAUAGACUUAGAGGAUUUGCAUACAUAUAUAUUAAAAAAUCACAUCUACAUGAUAUCAUUAAUGGUCGUAUCACACAAACUGAAAAAUUGUUUUAAUACACGUUUUAAACCUGAAAAGUAAUCGCAAUUACUAAUCGAUAAUGCGCAAUUACUAUCGAAAGAAUUCAGAAGAUCAAUGAUAAAAAUUAUGAUAUCCAAUCGAUUGUCAUACGCUUAUUUGCACAAUACGAUGUUCAGUGUACUGUGAGAUUGAUUGUUUCGAUUAAAAGUAAGUCUCAAUUUGUUAUAUGCGCACGAUACAUACAUUUAUUCGAUGAUCGAUAAGGAACUAAUAUAUAAGUAUGGUUAUCGGCGUAGAGUGUCGCUAGUCGCCUUUUCAUUUUCAUCACCUCUUCCAUAUUUUCAUUGUCCAAAAUGAAGAUAGCGUUGAACACCAUACUUUUCCUUGUUUUGAAUCAUAUUUUCAUCUCGACAGCCCAGCCAACCGAUUACAAACUUGAAUUAGUACAAGUACUAUUUAGACAUGGUGACCGAACUCCUCAAGGGGACGAGCUUUAUCCAACAGAUCCUUACCGACAAGUGUUUGCAGACAUUGGAUUCGGGCAAUUAACGAAAGUCGGAAUGAACAGAGAGCACAAAAUUGGCCAACUGCUAAAAAAACGUUACGAUAGUUAUCUCGGAGACUUUCAAGCAGAUAAAGUUUAUGGCUACAGCACCGACUAUGACCGUACGAAGAUGUCACUGCAGCUGGUUCUCGCAGGAGUAUUUCCUCCAUCGGAGAAGACCUCCUGGAAUGACGACAUUCAUUGGUUGCCGAUCCCGAAUCAUUACGAACCCUACACCAGCAAUUUCCUGAGUACUAACGACGGUUGCGAAAAAUUCAAUCACUUACUGAAAGACGUCGGCAAUUCGAAAGAAGUGCAGGCAAAGCUUGCGAAGUACAAAGAUUUUUUGAAAUACGUCAGCAACCAAACGGGUAUUAUCAAUUUAGAUCCAAUGGCAAUGUACAGAGUUUAUAACAACAUCAGAGCUGCUUUGAGCUUGGGCCUGCCAUUGCCAGACUGGUGCUCCGAAGAGGAUUUCGCCAAACUCCUGGAGCUCACCAUCAUUUCACACGAUGCCUUGACGCACACGCCUCUCAUGACAAGAAUCGUCGUAGGUCCGACGGUUGAGCGCCUCCUGAAGAAUAUCGAUAACAACGAAAUGAAGACUGACAAGAGGAAAAUUUACCUGUACAGCGCUCACGACGUUAAUCUCGCAUCGUUCAGCAAUGCCCACAAGUUCACUGGUAUCCCCCGGAAUCCCGAUUACGGAACAGCUUUGAUUGUCGAGAAACUAAGAGGACGCGAUGGACAGGUUUAUCUUCGUAUGCUAUUGUGGACGGGUGCUGACGAAAGGCUGAUCCCCUUGAACGUGGAAGGUUGUGCCAACGAAUGUCCGUUAUCGUAUUACAAAUCGUGGGUCGCGCACAUUCUGCCGGACGACGAAGUCAGAGAAUGCACUCAUAUCGAUAUCAGCAAAGAAGGUGCUUAGUAUAUCAAUGUCAAAUAAUCAAUAACGAAUUGAUAUUCAUCGGAGAAGAUUUAUCUUCUCCCUCUCCUAUGCCAAAGAUGUGAUAGUAAAUUUACAUGUACCAUAAAGUUUGAAAUAAUUGCCUUGAAAAUGUAAAUAUUUCAGAUGAAAUAAUCUCGUAUCUCUUAAGCACAAUAAAGUAUUUCUUGGAUUAACUA